GAAACAUAAUUUAGCUUUUAAAAAACAUUUUUAACGAUUAAUUAUUGAUGCGUUACGUUUAUUAAAUUUUUUCCGUUCUUGUCCCAGACGAUAAAAGUGUACAUUUUGAUAGCCAAUUUGCAUCUGGAUCGGGACUUUGGCGAGGCGUAACUUAGCGACGGGGACUAUGGCAGCGAUCGUCCGGCGGAUCGGAGUGAUGGCGGUGGCGGUGCUUGCGGUGGUGGUUUUCCUUGUCCCGUCGGACGCUUCCGACGCCAAAAAGUUGUCUUUUGUCGAGAAGACGGUCAAGAAACACGAAAUCGUCAUCUUCUCCAAGUCCUACUGCCCGUAUUGCCGAAGAGCAAAAGGUGUUUUUAAGGAACUGGAAAAGGAACCUUAUGUUGUGGAGUUAGAUCAAAGAGAUGAUGGUCCUGAGAUUCAAGAUGCCUUGUCCGAGUUCGUCGGUAGGCGUACAGUGCCUCAAGUCUUCAUCCAUGGAAAGCAUUUAGGUGGCUCUGAUGAUACUGUGGAAGCAUAUGAAAGUGGGAAGCUUCAGACUCUUUUAGGUAUUGACACAACAGAAGAUCUUAGAUGAGGUUGUGCAUUCCAUUCCUACAAUCAUUACGUGGAUGUUGUAGGACUCCCAGAAUUUAUGGCUCGAUAUCACUACGAAAUCUUCAAGUUUAUAUGCCAACAAUGUCGACUCCUCAAGUGUAUGCUCGAUGAUCUUGUAAUCACAAUAAAUUUAUAGAAUGCUUCAUACCUAAUUUCGAAGAAAUAAACUGAAUUUUGCACAUUUUUUGUAAAAA